UGAGCAGCUAUAAAAGCGACAGUCAGAGCCAUUGGCAGCAGAAGCACUCACAGGCAGAUGCAAAAACCCAGAGCCCGGAGUCAGCCGCAGCAGAAGCAGCAGUAACAGGAGUAGCAACCAAGAGGAAAACUCUGACUAGCGGAGGGCUCAGCCACUGACGACAGCACUACAGUGUUUGUGCCACAGCCACCGGUAAAACAGGAGCACAGAGUGCUUCACCAGAGCACACCAGGAGGAUUUUUUUUUGAAGCACUGCAUUUAAACAUUUGACGUGAAGCUGUCUACGGAAGCUCAGCCCAAAGAGGCCGGUGUGACAGAGGAGGUAGUGGAGAGAGAACAGCAGGCCCUUUGCAAAAAGGGACAAUUGGCUUCACCGACAAACCCAACGCACCACUCGUCCUCACCACCACACAUGGCUGCUCGUCAUAUGGAGGUGGUGGGCUUCCCUGUGCUGCCUGCCCACCUGCUCGCCUCCACCAUGGAGGAGUUCCCUCAGCAGCUGCCCGUCCCCAAGGGCCCCGCCCAUGGGCGCAGCCGACCCCGUCGACCCCGCGAGGCCCGCUUUAAGACCCAGCCCGUCACCUUCGCCGAGAUUGCCGAGGUCGAGGAGGAGGGCGCCUCACCGCUGGAGGAGGAGAGAGCGCGGCGCUCCUUCCUGCUGUCCCUGGAGAGUCUGCGGCGGAGCACCCAGACGCUGCACGGGCCCCCAGCCCGCGCCGCACACUCCUCCACCCCAACACAGGCCAGCCUGGACUCCAGCGACUCCGACUCGGCCCAGUGAGAGAGGCUCUGGACUGGAGGAAGAGUGAGGAAGAGGAAGAGGACAGACAAAUGAACUUUUAGUUCCUCUCCUUGGACUGGACAUUUCCCAUAUGUGCGUAGAUGCUAUGCUGUCACAUGGUAUAUAAAUAUAUAUAUACAUAUCUAUGAAUAGAACAUAUCCAUAGUCUCGAUAUGCAUCUGAUGCAUUCUCAACCAAACUCCUCUAGCAAUAGCAGUGUGGCCCUAGUUGGCUGACUACAUACCACUGCUUGGCAAGAGCUAGUUGUAGCUUGUAAGAUGUGAAUCAGUGAUAGUACCACUUUAAUUCCUCACAUAUAUUCCUUUAUUUUUACUGUGUAAAGCAUUUUGAACUUGAAGCAGAGCUUGAAAGUUGAACUAUGUAUUGUUUUUUUUUUUUAAACAAUGAAGCAUUUAUUUUUCUCACCUUGUGCCUGCUCAUGGGUUCUUAAUGUGCACAUGCCCUGUUAAUGUGGUAAAGAGGUAGCUGGGGCAGGAUGAGAGGAGACCUAAAGCACUGACAGAGCUCUCUACCCUGCUCUUGAACUUUCUCUGCAAAGCUCUGAUCUUUGAUCCCUCCUUUUUUGGUAGAAAUGUAAAAUUAACUACAGUUAUGUUUCCAGAAAUGAGGAGCAAACUUUUGUUUUAAAUGAUUCUGAUAUUUAUUUACUGAUUUUAGUUAAAUUAGAAAAAGACACUGUGGACUGGUAAAGUCACUUUUCGUAGAUACAGAGGGAAAAUGCCUUUAUACUUUUUGAUUUACUUUUUGUUAUCUUUGUACAGUUUCUUAUUACUUCAAUAAAUACAGUAUUUCCAACUAUA